AUGGUUUCUCCGGACACAGAUUCUCCCACUAUGGUUACUGGAACUAGCUCCUACAACUACUCCAACAACUCUUCCUUCCAGAGGAAGUUUGUGGGUGUAGUGAAGUCCAAAAUCGACGAGCUGAUUUCUAAGAAGCUGGACUUGGACGUCACGAUGGCAUCCUGCAACACAUUCCGAAUCGUGGAUCUCGGAUGUGCCAUUGGACCCAACACAUUCUUCAAUGUCCAAGACAUAAUCCAAUAA